AUGGCGCGUGUGGCGCUCUGCGUUUUGGCGGUAAUUUGUAGCUUGCUCCACCAAGGCCUGGCGAUAGUGUGCUACCAAUGCAACAGUCACAACGACUCGCGCUGCCUGCUGGAGAAGCUGCCGGACUCGCUGCGGCUGCCGUGCAGCGGGCCCAAGGACACCAUGUGCCGCAAGAUCACCCAGGUGGUGGAGUUCGAGAUGAACGGCAUGCCGCCGGACAGCCGCGUCAUCCGCGGCUGCGGCUGGGACGAGACCAGUUACAAGGGUCGUUGCUACCAGCGAUCUGGGUUCGGUGGUCGGCAAGAGGUGUGCUCAUGCCUCGAGGAUGGCUGCAACUCGGCGGCCGUGCCAGUAGGAGCGACUGCGCUGAUGCUACUCACAUUUGCACUGCUAAAGUUC